UGUUUACCAGAAUCUCGUUGUCCCUCUGACAAAGUCGUAUUUGCGCGUUAGCCCAAAGCGAGGUGUAAUAUGUUGCCGAAGACUUUGCUAUCUAGGGGCGCGCUCCUGGCGCAUCAGACAGGUUUGGAGUGCUCAUUUUCCUGCAAGAGUGCGACUCUGGGGCUGCGCAUUCAACGAGCAAUGUCCUCCGUGAACAUCCCACCGCCAGAAUGCAUGCUGCGUCCGCUGGAGGUGCCUUAUCGAUAUCUGUUCGGACCGGGACCAUCUAACGUGCCGCCCCGUAUUUUAGCUGCAGGAGCAAGGCCUAUAAUUGGUCAUUUACACACAGAAAUGUAUGAGAUUAUGAAUGACAUCAAAAGAGGAAUCCAGUACGCUUUUCAGACCAACAACCACAUGACUCUGGCUAUGAGUGGAUCCGGUCACACCGCAAUGGAAUGCGCAGUUUUCAACACUGUGGAACCGGGAGAAAGCGUACUUGUUUCCAUUAACGGGGUCUGGGGAGAACGAGUCGCCGAAAUCGCUGAGAGAAUGGGUGCCAAAGUUCACACAAUGGUAAAAUCUCCUGGUGGUUAUUUUACAACUGAAGAAAUUGAAAAGGCUCUAGCCAAACACAAGCCAGUUCUGUUUUUUCUCACACAUGGAGAGUCCUCAGCUGGGCUGGCACAUCCUGUUGACAAUGUUGGAGACCUCUGUCUCAGACACAACUGCUUGUUCUUAGUGGAUUCAGUUGCAUCACUGGGAGCUUCACCUCUUCUGAUGGACCAACAAAAAAUUGACAUUCUCUAUACGGGUUCCCAGAAGGCAUUAAAUGCUCCCCCCGGCACAGCACCCAUUUCAUUCAACGAAAGAGCAUGCCACAAAAUGUUCAAUAGGAAAAUAAAGCCUGUGUCCUACCUCCUUGACAUGACCCACCUUUCCAACUACUGGGGUAAUGACAGCAAAUCUGCAAGAGAGUACCAUCACACUGGGCCUGUAUCUGGGUUCUUUGCCUUGAGGGAGAGUCUUGCCAUCCUUGCUGAGAAGGGUCUGGAAAACUCAUGGAGACAACACAGGGAGGUGGCGGAAUAUUUGUGGAAGGGUAUAGAGGACCUGGGCCUAAAACUCUUCAUCAAAGACAAGGAUUUGCGGUUACCCUCUGUCACCACCAUUGCUAUCCCUGAUGGAUAUGACUGGAAAGAACUUUUGGCUUACAUGAUGAAACACCACCAGGUGGAGAUGACGGGAGGACUAGGGCCCUCUAUUGGCAUGGUGAUUCGUGUGGGUCUGAUGGGCUACAACUGCAGCAAGUUCAAUGCUGAUAAGGCUCUUACUGCCUUGGCUGAUGCUCUGAAACACUGCCCAAAACGCAGGGGGUAGAGACUGACACACUGGCCUGGAAGCCCAGUCUGCUCCUUCAAAGUAGUCUGGAGAGUUCAUGGACAAAAUACUUGUACAUGUGCCAAAAAACAAAGACUUUAACUUGAGAAAUGUAAUGUGCACAUGUAUAACUGAGUACAUACAAUACACACUCAACAUAGUUAUGUGCACAUAAUUGUAGUAACAUACAUGCUGUCAGUGUGAAUAAUAUGUUAAAUUUAGUACUGUUUAAACUGUACAGCAAACACUUCAGUGAUUUGUCUUCAAAUUGGGAUGAGAUUUAAUAACUCCUAGAAAGUCAAUCAAUUGACAUAGAAUUACUGGAAUUAAUUAAUAUAUAUGUCAAAUUGUUAAUGCACAAUAAGUUGUUAAUGGUAGCCUGGUUACUUAAUAAUUCCCCAUCAAUAAUCAACAUGCCUUAUAAUAAUACCUCAAUGUUCAGGAACACUGAAAUGUCAGCCAAUCCAAACACAUUUCUUAACACACAUUUCUUGCAAAACAAACUGUCAGUCUGUUCCAGAAGAUUAUAUAUAUAUAUAUAGGAAUAAUCGUAUGUUACCUCUUUGUUUCCUUCAUAGCUCAAAGGAACUGGUCAUCUGCCUUGUAUCCCAAUGGACAAAAGUCUUUUGGUAACAUUGGGAAUGAAAUAUUGUGGUAAUAACAGUUUCAUUUUAUUUACUUUCUUAACACAAGAAAAGUAUUCCAACCAACCCUGAGACUGAAGAUACUGAAAAGAAACAUUUUCAAACUAUAUGUCCAUUCAGAAUCAUUGCAUGUUCUGACAACCAAACAGUGGUUUACCAGAUAGCCUCCUUGGAACAUCCAACAAACUAUGGAAUAAAACAUGAAAACCACAGUCCUCAACAUGUCUCAGGACCUUAGACUCAAAAGUCCAAAACACCCACCUUCAAAGAUCAACUGUGCAGCGAACAUAAAAAUACCAAAACAGUCAACUUCUAUCCAAUCCAAUUUCCCACAUAAAUCACCUCUUCUAACAACUGAGAGACUAAAGAAAUCAUAAUACAUACAGUAUUUAUUAAAUCAGUGGACUAUUCUAAACUCCCUGUUGAUAGCCA